UUCUGUUAUGAUCCUCGUUUGGGCGCUCUGUGUCGCUAAUCCAAAAUGGAUGAAAUGGCCUCAAGUUUGCUGGAAAUAUGAAAUAUUUCUAUGGCUUAAGUUCGCUUGAGAUGCCGCAAAGUGCGUAGAAUAAUACGUGUUUCUUCUUUUUGAACACAAUUUAAAAUGGCGACAGACAAGAGCAGAGGUGCAUUUGGAAAACCAAGCAGUAAAACGAAGUCAAGAGUGGUUGCUCCUCGCAAUCCGAAACUUGUCAGAGAUGAAGUCGAUUUUGAUAAGCAAACACCAUCUGCAUUUAUGGCUGAAAUGGCUCUAACCACAGAAGAACGGCUAAAAGAAACCCAUGAAAUGAGGAUACCACAAAUUGUUGAGCUACUUGACAUGUCAGAGACAACACAUCAAAAAUUUACGAUGAUCGACAUAGAGAUGCCUCUCUUUCAACCAUUUCCAUCGGAAAUUGUGUUCCAAAAUUAUGAGCCUUUUGAAACACAUACAGUUCCUUUACGCCUGCGUAACAAUGACAAGGUUGCCAGGCUUGUGAGAGUUACCCAAGCCGAUUCACCCUAUUUCAAGAUUAUUAGUCCACCUGAUGUAGGACACAAAGUUGCUCCUGGAAUGGAUACAGUGUUUUUAAUCAAGUUCACACCUGAUGAGAAAAAGGAUUAUGAUCAUGAGCUGAUAUGCAUUACUGAAAGAGAAAAGUUUCUUGUUCCUGUCAAAGGAGUUGGUGCAAGAGCAAUACUUGACUUUCCAGAUGACAUCAACUUCCAGUCAUGUCCAGUCAAGUAUGCUUCCACAAAAACUUUGCUAGUGCGAAAUGUUGGAAAUCAAACAGCAAAGUUUCAGCUUUUGACUGAAAGCCCCUUCUCAGCAUCACCUGACAGCUGUGUUUUGGGUGUAGCUGAUAGUAUUCAGGUAGAUAUACUUUUUCAUCCAAUGAAAACUGGUGAUUUUCAGUCAAAUAUGGUGAUUUCCUAUGAUACAGGUGAGAACAUUUAUGUCACAUUGUAUGGGGUAUCAGUUGAUGCCAACGUAAGACUUGAUAAAAACACAGUAAAGUUGGAAAAUACAUACAUAACAAGUGCGUCCCAGAGAACCAUCUCAAUCAUGAACCGAAGUGACGUCAUUGUCCACUUUGAAUGGAAGCCUUUGGCAACUCUUGGCGAAGAAAUGCAGCAAAAACAAAGAUUUUAUCACGAACUCAGCUUCAAAGAAGACGAGCAAAAGAACAAUUUCCUGGAGGAAUGCAUUUCUGAUCCAGGUUUGAGAGACAAACUGUCGCUUGUAACGAGGUCUUUCAAGAAUCGAAUCAAGGUUGCUGAAGGAGAAAAGAUGCUUUACACUGAUGACGUGAUAGCAAUAGACCCAGUUGAGGGGGACAUUUGGCCAAACUCGCAUGCCGACAUCAACAUCGUGUUUAAACCAGAUGAAGCCAAGAGCUACACGCGGACUGUUUAUUGUGACGUCACUGGCAGAGAGAGCAGACUUCCUCUUAAAAUUCGCGGAGAUGGAAUUGGCGCGAAAAUCCAGUUUUCUUUCGAUGCUCUGGACAUAGAGAAUGUUUUUGUGAAUUCAGAGCACUCUUACGAGGUGAUAUUGAAAAACUCCGGAGAUAUUGAUGCAGUCUUCAGCUACGUCCAGUCAGAGUCUCUAUUUGGUCAACAGUUUGAGUUCACGCCCACAGAAGGCAUCAUUGUCCCUGGAGGAUACCAGGCUAUUCAGAUUCAUUUCACUUCUCCUUAUCUUGGUGAGUUCAACGAAGAAUUUGUCUGGGUUGUAGAAGGAUCACCAGAAAGCUUUCAGUUCAGAGUAAGCGGCUGCGUGAUUGGGCCUACGUUUCAUUUUGAUGUGCCGAAGCUGAGGUUCAAUACAGUUUCAUACGGUUUCACACACAUUGCUGCUUGCAAAUUGAUCAACACAUCUCUUAUUCCAAUGACUUUUUACUUACGAGUUCCAUCAGAUGGCAUGGGUCCGAGUGCUGCCUCGAUUGCAGGGAGUUUUCUCGAUGAUAGAUACAUUGACGAUAUCCAUCCGCACGAUUCUCCAAGAGAAUUCGAGAUAUAUCCCAGCACUGGGACAGUUGGUCCUCAGUCAGAAACUGACAUACAGGUGAAUUUGACGUCACUCACUGAGCAGAAAUACGAGACGUACCUCGUAGUGGAUGUUGAGGGUGUGGGACAGGAGAUACUCGUUCUUCCCAUAUCUGCCAGGUGCGUCGUGCCUGGCAUAGUCGUGGAGACUCCAAUCAUUGACUAUGGAAGGUGUUUUAUUCGUUAUCCUUAUGAAAAAAUGGUUGUAUUGAAAAAUGAAACAGAUUUGCCUGCCAAAUAUGAGCUUUUGCCCCAGGUUCAAGAGGAUCGCCUGACAAUUCGCUAUUCCACCAGUUACUUUAAGGGCAUUAUACAACCCCAGUCUCUCAUUGAAAUACCACUGCAAAUAAGUGCUCACGGAAUGGAAAGGCUGGUCACCAUUGCAUACUUUAUGAUUUACGGAUGUAAUGACAUCCCGAUUCAAGUGCAGCUAACUUGCAUAGGUGAAGGCCCAGUCGUUCAUGCCAGCACAUUAGAGGUCGACUACGGUGCCGUUCCUGUGCUAGAAGAUGUUUCAAGACACAUCAAGCUCUCCAAUGAGUCACUGAUUCCGGCGGAAUUUCAUUGUGAAAUGGUACGUCCAAAUUCAUUGUUUUCCGUUGAGCCAGCUAGAGGCAUUAUACCAGCAGAGCGCACUGCUUCCUUGACUGUCACUGCCAAUGUUGACGACUGUCUCAGGUUUCAAGAUAAGCUGAAGAUUGCAAUAACUGACGGUCAGACACAUACAGUACUUUUAUCAGCACAAGGAACCGGGACGACUAUCGUCAGCGAACCAGCAAUGCCGCCAGUAAUCAACAUUGGUGCUACGUUCAGUCUUCGUCCAUGCACGCGAAAAUAUCGGCUUAUUAACAGAGGAAGAAGAUCGCAACAAAUAUUUUGGUCGACAGAAGGAUUUCCGUUGGUGCGGUCGAAGAAGAAACAGGAAUACAACAAGGAAGAUGUUAAGUAUCAGAGAAUGCCCCCACCUCCUGCUCCUCCGAGACCUGUGUUCAAACUGAAGCCAGACAGAAUGUCGCUUGCGCCAGGGCAAAGCCAAGAGGUCGUACUCGAAGGCUUUUCGGAAAAAUGUCAGCAGGUACGCGAGAGAAUGAUUUGCCAUGCAAUUGUCGGGAGCAAUACUGGCAAAGAUAAGAUUAUGAAAGUUGACAUAGUGGCUGACUUUAUCGAGCCCUUGUUGCGAUUUUCAGAGAGAAAACUAAGCUUCUUCGUGCUCAAACACCCACAAACAGAGCUCUGCAAAGAAAUGAAAGGAAUCUUACUGGGAAACGUCUCAAAGCUGCCUUUGCGAGUCUCGCUUGACACAGAGUACCCAUUUUCUGUCCACGCUGAUGGCAUGGCAAUAGAAACAUGUCACAUGGACCUACAGCUCCAAGUAAAUGAAAGUGUGCCACUCAUGGUCCAGUUUGAUCCUGAUUACAAAAAUGACAGAUAUUGCAGGACCGCCAAAACUAAUCUUGAGAUCACAUAUCAUGAUCAUCCAAAUACUGACUGUAUCGAGUUGACUGGCGAUGUAUAUUAUCCGAAUCUGCACUUUGAAGCAAAUGUGGUUGAUUUUGGGUGUGUCUUGAAUGACACAGAGCACGUGAAGAACGUAACCGUCACAAAUAACAGCCCUUUGAAGGUGAUUUUCAAAUGGAGCUUUCAGGAGAAUGCUAUCAAUUUUGAGAGCAAAGAAGACGAUGAAGGCUUGGGAAAAGAUAUAUCCGAUGGCGAAGAAGACCUGGAAAGUAAAUUCAAUAUUCUUUCAACACCGCAGAGUAACCAGUUUGGCGAUAUUGCCUUCAGGCCAAAAACAUCGCCAGCAAUAAGCCAUUUGCCGAUUCAGAUGCGGCCUCAAACAGCCCCAGAAUCAGUUGAAACGAGCCGUCAAACACCAGCGUUGCCCUGGCUGCCGCGAGGCUCUGCUACGGAAAACAUCAGCAUCCAAGAGGUCUUUGAUGUGCUGCCGCUGUAUGGAGAACUUGAACCUGGUGAAGUGCAACAAUUCCAGUUUACAUUCUAUGGCCAUUCGCAUGCAAUGGCGGAAGCUGUCGCAGUUUGCAGUGUCAGUGAUGGGCCUGAUUACAGAAUACUUCUAAAAGGACAGGCAUCUCUGCUUCAGUAUGGAUUCAACACUACCAAUAUUGAAUUGGGAAGACAGAUAUAUGAUCAUGUGGUGACAACAGAAAUAGUUCUGUUCAACAGAGGAAAGGUGAAUUUUGACUUCACAGUGCUGGACACGGACAGGGGCACGAGUCCACUGCCAGGGGGAAUCACUGUGUUGCCAGCCCAGGGUAUAGUUGAGGCGCAACAGUCACUGCCACUUACCAUUCGGUACAUGCCUGGAUUCCCUGAAGUUUUUCAAAAGCAGUUCCGUGUUCGUGUUGGCCAUUUUGAGCCUGACGUCAUCACGUUAACUGGUGAAGGUAUUUUUCCAAGAAUAACAUUUGAUCUAUUUAGAGACAGAGACGAUCCGCGAUACUUGAAGUACCUAGAGCAGGCGCAGAAGCUUCAAGAAGCAUCGUUGCAGCUAAAAGCUGUUGAUAGUGCAAAAAGCCGUCAUAAUUGGAUUCCAGUAGCUGAAAAGGAUUUCCAGGAAGAAGUUGAUCGAUUACAAGUGAAAGACUUCGCCGUUGAGAUAAUUAAUAAAGAGCAAGACCUUAUGGGUACGAUGCUUCAUACGUCAUCCACAAAAGGAACAAGGAAACUCAAGCAAAGACCACAACUGUCCGAUUAUGUAAUGGAUUUUGGUUUUGUCAAUCUUGGAACAGUGAAGACUAGCUCAUGCAUAAUAACAAACCCAAGCUGCAUGCCAGUUUCUUUCGUUGCUGAAAAACAGCAGCUUGCUUCAACUGGUUUCACCAUCGAAUUUGACAAAGUUAAGGAUUUGCCAGAAGGAGAAUCGAUUGAAUUUAGCGUUGCUUUCGAUCCAAAAGCAGGCAAUCUGUCCCUAGGACCAGUGGAAACUGUUUUGCCUAUCAAGAUCACCAAUGGCCCGAGCAUCGGCUUGAGACUCAAGGGUGUUGUCACAAUGCCUGACAUCCAGCUGUCUUCUGAAGCGAUUGAUUUUGAUUCUGUUAUUUGUGGCCAAUGCAAAGUCGUGACCGUACAAAUGCAUAACUAUACCAAAGUCAGGUGUCAAUGGACCGCUAGCGUCUACAAGGAAGACAAGAGAAAGUCGCGAAGAGAGCGAAUUCACAAUCGAAAGAAGAAUGACAAGAAUCUAAAAGAUGCCAGGUCAUUUGAAAUGAUGCCACCGACAGGUAUGCUGUACCCAGGUCAGCGCGUCAAUGUCCAAGUGAAAUUCAUGCCGACCGAAGAGGAAUCGUACAAUCAGAAAUUGGUUAUUUCAAUGCUGCAAAGCACCAACAAGAUACAUUUGGCCUGCAAAGGGCGUGGUAUAGAGCCUAAAAUAGAAUUUGAAAAAUUCAUGGUUAACUUUGGUCCAGUUUUGCCGCAUGCAAAUGGUGAUGAACAGGAGGUUAUAGUCAAAAACCCUUGCACUUUUCCUACUGAGUUUUACUGCCUCGAGUUUGACAAGAAAUACCUCGAAGAGGAAAAGAUUUUGCGAGCAAUGAAAGGCUAUGACGAAUACAAUACGAUUCUCUUGCCACCACGAAACGCAGGGGAUGACCUCCCGAAGGAGCUAAAUGAGGCUUACAAUGAAAUGACAAAAAAGAAAGAAGAUGGUGCUGGAAAAGACGGCUCCAAACCAGAAGGUGAAAACGAGGCUAACGAAAAGAAUGAAAACGAGGAGGAAACUGUUGACAACGAUGACAAUGAUGUAGAGAGAAAACUAGAAGAUACACCUAGCGAAGAUGAAGCUGAGUCGGAGCAAGAUGCUGAGUCCGAUUAUGGCGUUGGUGAACUAGAAAUAACUCCGAUUUCUGCCGCAAUCGCCAGGCAUCUUGGCAUUGAUUUGUCUUCUGAAGGAAAGGCGGCAAGAAACAGGCGAGGUAUUGCCUUGAUUGUGCAUGGUGCUCCUUUAUCAGGAAAAUCAGCGACGGCCGCUGGGCUGGCGGAAAAGUAUCGUAUAGCACUGUUGAGAGUUGAUGAUAUCGUGAAAGAGGCUAUUUCAACAGGCACCUCUUCAGCAGCUGUUCGUGUUCGUGAACUGUCUUCAAUCGCUGCUAAAAACGCUGCCGCUGCGCUGGAGACUGAGGGUGCUGCACAGCAGGGAGUAAGCAGCGAAGUUGUUGCCACAGCCUCGACUGCACAUCAAACAAACGCACUGAGCGUCGCACCAUCUACAACUGGGGUGCUUCACGCUGGAUUCAGAGAGUCUAGAAAAGCAACCACCCAGCCAACAAUGAAGCAACAUAAAGCUGCUCACGUGUCUCCUCCUCCAACACCACCCCUCGGGCCUCCUCCAUCGCGAAAGCUCAGCAUCGUGCAAAGUGUUGGUGAGGGGGAGUUCUACAGCUGUAUACUACCAGAUGAUCUCCUUGUUGAAAUAAUUGCAGAAAAGCUUCAGUCUUCAGAAUGCCAAAUGGGUGUCGUGUUUGAUGGCCUCGAAAGCACGUUUGCUGCAAACAUGACGUCAUGCGCCAACGCACUGCUGCGAGCCAUUAACAACCGCAAGUAUAUAUUUGCUGUGACGUUGAAGUUUAGCAAGGAGAGGUUAAAGUUGAUUGAUGAGAGAAAGAAAGCAGAAAAAGCAAAGAAAGAAAAAGAAGAACAAGAAGCAGAAAGAAUACGACUUGAAGAAAUGUCUGAAGAUGAGUACGAAGCACUUCCAGUGGAAGAAAGAGCUGAGAUUGACCGAAAGAGACUCGAAGCAAAGAAACUGAGAAUGAAGAAGAAGGAGAACGAUGAGCAAAGAGAGAGGGAGAUCAGAGAAGAAAGACUGGCAGAAGAAAGACGGUUAGAGGAGGAAAAAGCAAAGCCGAAAGCAAAGCGCGCCCCGCCUUCACAAGGAGGUAACCGGAAAGGCCACGAGAAGGAGACCAAAGAGAAGAAGCAUGAGAAAAGCAACGAUCGGUUGACUGUAACCAGAGAGGCAACUGGGAAAGAUAGGCAACCAGAACAGCUGACUGCCAGAGUAGGGACGUCUGGGAAUUUAUCAGAGCGAUCUGAGAGCAUUGAUGAUGCUGAUAGAAGAAAGUUUGCUGCCAGUCGUGCAGGAAAACGAGACAGACCACAGUCAGCCACUGUACCGCCAAAUGUGGAGGAGGUAACCAAACCAUCGGAAGAAGAAAUCAAGGAAAAAGAACUACAUCAAAGAUUCCAAGCAUUUGAACUGAGCUUCCGUGACAUCUGCACGUUGUUUGAAGCAUGGGACAGAACCACUGGCUCUGUUUUUAUGUCAGAGUCGGAAAAAUCUGAGCUUGAGCAGGAUUCUGUGCCAAUACCAGUGACAAAGAAAGGCCAGGCUGGUCACAAGAAAAUGGACAAAGAAAGAGAAAAGGAGAAAGAACGAGAGAAGGAGAAAGAAAAGGAGAAAAUCAAAGAGAUCCCAGGGUCACCAAUUUCUGCCAUAUCAGAGCACCCAGAUCAAUCCACUGAUGACGAAGAAGCCAAGGCAAAGAGCCAAAUCGGUGUCCCAAACGUUGUGGUCCAAGCCGUAAAUGCCCAGCAGUCUAUGGUUGAUACAGUGCUAAUGGAGCAAGUUUUACCUUCUCAAAAUGAGGUCCAAGACGGACUUGGCUUAGGCCCAUCUGGCCCACCAAUACCACCAAGUGCCACUUUCUCGGUCGUGCCGUAUCCAAGGCGACGAAAGCCAGCAGCUGUGAAUGAAUUCGGUGCUUAUUAUGUAUUUGUUGCAAAUUCUCUCGAUGAUCCAAAUGCUGUGAAAGAAGAGAAGUUACCCAAGACCCCGGAGACAGAAGUUGAGAAAGCUCCAGAUAAAAGGGAUCACCGGAGCAGAAGAGGCCGUGACAAGGAUGAGAGUAUCGGUGUGCGGUCUUCGCGCAUUGAUAGACUUCCAUCUGGUACAAAGAAGGGGCGACAAAGUGUCUUGGCUUCUUCAGGACAACAUGUUGCUUCACCACCUCUCAUAAGUCCUUCAGGAGCAGAAGACGAGAAAAGCACAAAUGAUGCAAGUGUCGUUGGUUCCUCUCUGGAACUUGUUCGCCAUCGCUGGGUUGUCCCACCCGAGAGUGAAAUUAAGCUAAAAAUCAGGUUUUCUUCACCAGAAGCAGGCAGAUAUGACCAAACCCUGAACUUUGAAAUCGUAGGCACAAGAAGAAGGUAUCAGCUAUUUUGCCGAGGCGUAUGUUGUUUCCCUACAAUCAGUAGAGAACCCCGAAUUGUCUUUCCGUAUCGCAAGAAAUACCGCAAGCCAGAUGAGGUUGUCCAUAAAAAAUAUAUAUUGAGCAACAAAACAUUCGAAUUUGGACCAUUGCUUGCUGGCAAAAAUAGAGACAGGUACCGUGAAGGAAGGUAUCCUGAAAAUAUGGAACAACUUUGCAUAUCAAACACAUCGUUAAUGGAAGCUGAGAUAUCAUUGUGUUUUCAAAAUGAUACGAAUGGAUCGACUUUCCUUCUGGAGCCAGCUGCUCUUAUUUUGAAGCCAAACGAGAGUCAGGUUCUAAACAUCUGGGCCUACCCGAAAACGCCUGGUUUGUUUGAAGAUAUGAUUGUUGGGUGCAUAAAGGAAAAUCCUGAACCGGUAAUGUUCAAGGUGUCAUGCCAUGGUGUUCGACCUGAACUCGAACUUGAUAAACGCAUUCUGCAGUUUGACAGAGUCUUGCUUUACAGAACGGAAACAAGAACAGUAUUCUUGCGCAACAGCACCUUGCUUCCAAUCGCCUGGAAGCUCAGUGGAAUGGACAGUCUUGGGGACGACUUUUCUGUGCCGGUUGACAAUGGGAUAAUUGAACCCAAAACAGAAUAUGCUUUGCAAAUGGAUUUCAGAGCCAUCCGUGCUACGAAUGUUAAAAAGAUCGUCCGGUUAGAGGUAUCUGAUGCAGCAAAUAUAAUGGGUCUUACGCAUGCAGAAAACAUCCAAGUUCAAGCAGAAGCAUACGAUGUUGCCCUUGACAUGAGUUUCCCUAAAGGAGCGGAUGGUGGGCUAGACUUUGCCACGCUUCGCGUGUUUGAUGAAGCUAAGCUGUCACUUUCAGUGAAAAACAAAGGAAGAUAUGAAAUCGGAUUCACCUUUGUUUUCGAGGCAUCAGAAAACUGCCCCAAUCCUGCCGAUCUAUUCACUGUUGUGCCUAACAAAGGAACGUUAAUACCAAGUGAUAGGCCUACACAAGUCCAAGUUGUGUUUAAAUCAAAAGAUGAACUCACGAUUAAAGAUGAACCUAUCCUGAAGUGCCAGAUAAUAGAGCCAACAUUAGGGGACAUUGGUGAAGUCAUUGCUGGCAUACCAGUGAAGGUCAGUGUGCGCUCAGUAUACAGCAAGUACUCCAUAUUCCCUGUGCAAGAUAUCAACUUCGGUGCCAUUCUUGUGAACACGAGGAAAACAAGGACCAUAUCGAUCGAAAACAAGGGAGAAUUCGAUUUCAGGUAUUCGAUAUUUAAAAUGCUGCAUAAUGCAUUGCCUGCAAGACUGAAGCAAGGUAUGGUUGGUAAGCGAUCCAGAGAUGGUUCUGCAUCGGGAAAAUCGCAGCUGCUUGGCCAGGGUCAAAUGAAGCAGAAAAGGACUGACUCUGUCAGAGGUCAAGAUAACUCCACCAUUGUGACAAAUAACGCUGGCACUGGUGCCACUGGAGGUACGAAUGCGAUUCGCUUGCAACUCGGCAUGUUCACCAUUUCUCCAGCGAGUGGGGUCGUCUUGCCUGGAGGGAGCAUACAGAUCAAUGUCGACAUGUUCUCUGAAUUGUCAUCCGUAUGCGAGGAGGAAAUUGCAAUCGACAUAUCUGAAAGAUCUCCUCUUGAUUGCCCGGGAGGAAUUGAGUACAAAUUGAUGGGGGAAACAUGUCUGCCGAGUAUUUGCACGCUUCAGCAGAAUGUUGCAUCAAUAUUUGAAGAGCAUAGAAUCGUAAGCAAUUUGAACGUCUUCAGGUACCAUUCUCAAGAUCUAGAGCCUGGAUCUGGUGUUUAUGGUGAAGAAGAAAACAAGCUUGUUUUUUACAAUGUUAUUGUUGGUCACAAAGCGAAAGCCAGGAUUAAAAUAUCAAACCCAAAUAAGGUCGUUUGUGACGUAGUAUUCUCAGUGAAGCCAAUCUCAAAUAAGCCUGCUGCUCGAUGGACUGAUGUUUAUGACGUUGAACCUCAAAGAGCCGCCAUUCAGCCACACAGCUUUUCUUACGUAACGAUCACGUUUCACCCACCCUCUAUGCAGAGCUACUCCGCCUUGUUUGAGGCUGCUGUUGACGGACUCCCAACCGCCAUUGCCAAAGGUCGUAAUCUGUUAUUCGACAUACAGGGUGACGGAAAUCUUCCAAGAGUUUCUGUAAUCAGGCCAACAUCAGUUACCAAGAAAGGCAGCCCUCUUUUGUUGUUUAAUCGGCUGCUGACAAAUAGAAGCCAGACAUUGCCCAUGGUUUUGAAGAAUGAGGGAACAUUGCCAUGCAAAGUUAACAUCACUUUGAUUGACCCUGAGUGUUGCUAUACCGUUAUGAAGGAAAUUAAAGCUUCGGAAGAAAUACCUGGAGAGUUUGAAAAUGCAGAGGAUCAGUUGAAGACUGUUUUGGAAUGUACUUCUUCCAAACCUGUAAUGACAUCCCUGGAUUUUAACGUUGAAGAUGCAAUGAAGUUUUUGGUUGAGUUCACGCCAAGCGAAACGAGAAAGAUAGCCGCAGAAAUGAAACUGUCCGUUGUUGAUAACCCAUUUGAAGACACGACCAUCCAGUUGCUUGGUGAGGGCUUUGAAGAAGAGGUCACUAUUGACAACAUACACGGAGGAAACGAGGUUGUUCCUUUAGCCGAUAUUGAGGAUGAGAAUUAUGCUGUUCCAAGAAACAACGUGAUCGAUUUUGGGGACUGCGCUAUCAAUACACCGAGCUAUCAAUCCUUCACGCUGACCAACCAUUCAGAAAGCGAUGUUGUACGCUUCACAUGGGACCCUCCUCCACAGCUAACUUUCUCACCAAAGAUAGCCCACUUAUUGCCUAAUUGUGCCAAAGAUAUCAAAGUGACGUUUCUUACAGCUGAGCCAAUCAAAAUGGAAUCAAAUGUCAUAUCCUGCAAUAUUGCUAAAAUACAACUGGCAAAGAAAGCUGCAAAGGCUGGAGGCUGGGAUGAUCGAAUGAAAACCGUGAAAUGGGUUGAUGUGAAGAUUGAUGGUGGUGAUCAGAAGCCUGAUGAUGAAAACAAGCAAGUGAAAAUGGCAGUUGAUGCUGUAGCACCCCCAAGACCAGCUAAACACAAGGUCAUUGAAACGGAGCCUGAGCCACCAUAUACGUUGAUCACUGGGACUACAUCUGAAAUACAACUCGUUUUGAAUGCUGUCGCCGAUUAUGCAAAAUAUGAGCUGAACAUGAGCAAAAUAUUCUUCAAGGACACGCUUAUGUUCCAAACAAGAUUGUACAGCUUUAAAAUGAAGAAUAAUGGCGAUGUGCAGCUCGACUACAACUGGGAACUUGAACCAGGAUGGACAAAAGAGCCAACAGAAAUCGUCCAGCCCCAAUCAGAAGAACGAAAUGUACCUCCACCCACCAUACCCACAGCCCCUGUGAAAUCUGCCAAGGGAAGUCGUGACAGCUCAAAAUCCCCAAAACAGCCAGUCGCUGCACCAUCUGCUAAGUCUGAUGGUCGACCCAUAUCAAGAGUUGCCGGCAGCUCCACAGAGCAGAGCACCCCUUUGGCAAGUGAUGCUCGUGCUGCUAGCAGGAUGGCUUCUGCUGCGGACGGUCGCCCUGCUACUGCUAUGGCCCUGGCCUACGAAGCUGGCAGUGUCUUUGAUGAGCCAAUUGGGAGUGAUGCCUUGCCAUUUACGAUUGAGCCAGUGACUGGAAGCAUAAAACCUCAAGAAGAGGCGACGUUCACUGUGAGAUUCUCGCCGUUGGAUACCAAGAUAUAUGGAGGCACUCUUUUUGCAAAUAUUCCAAACCUCGAACUUGGUGCAACUCCUCCGGUACUUUUGCUCUAUGGUCGAAGCAUGUUGCCAUGGUGCCAUUUUGAGAUCGAGGAGUCGAACUACAUCACAACGAGGCGCAAUCCUGAGCUUAAAGGACCCGGUGGGUCACCGCCUGGCUGCACGUUGGAUCCCAAUACAAAAGUUAUCGAGUUCGCUUCUUGUGGCAUAAAGACAAAAGCUACAAGGCGCUUCUUCAUAAUGAACCCAACCAACACCACUUACACAUUCUCGUGGACCAACGAAGAUGCUUCCGAUCCAAGCAAACAGCUUUCGAAUACACUCUUCAGUUGUCUAACACCAAAAGGAACAAUCGAAUCAGGAAAGAAGUUCGAAGUUGUCUUUGAAUAUAUGCCAGACUCAAACGAGCUACAGGAAUCUUUCUGGAGAUUCUACAUCCAUGAACAAAAUGUUUCUGUGUUGUUUUUACUUGUUGGCAUGGCUACAGACCCUGCAAUCUCAUUGGACAAGUCACAUCUUAAUUUCAAGGAACUUUUGAUAGGUCAUAGAGGAGUGCGCACUUUCAACAUAAUGAACGAUGAAGAGAAAGCUUUCCAGUUCAGCUUUGUUAAAGAAUCUUUGUUUGCACCUGGGCGAAUAGCCUGCCUCAAGGUCACUCCGAUGGCUGGUACAAUCCAGGCUAAAUCCAAGUUGCCCGUGACUGUUGAGUUUACACCUGAAAUUGCACAAGAAGUCAACUUCAAUCUCAUCUGUAAAGUGAAGAAGAAGACCGUACCACUUGCAGUAAACAUCAAAGCUGAAGGAUUUGACGUUGAUUGCAAACUAAUCUGUGAAGAUUCGCAAGGCAAAAAAGUCAAUCUGUUCUCUUCUGGGAUGAAUCUUAUCAGCCUCAAAGAGGUCGAAGUGAAUGAAAAGGUUGUUCGUCAGCUGUUCAUUGAAAAUUCUGGGAAAUUUAACAUUGAUUUCAGCUGGGAGUUAACGCAGCCACAGAAGCCAAAAGGAAUGAAGGAUGCGUGGUCUAAAGACAAUCCACCAGUUUCUAUUGUACCUGAUAGUGGCAAUGUACAGAGUAAUAACAGGAGAAGAUGCCAGUUGUCAUUUUGCCCUCCUCGCUCUAUGGUUCUUGAGGGUUGUCACUUGAUUUUGAAGAUCGCAAAUGGGCCUCAGUAUCACUUGGAAAUAGCCGGCAGUGGAACGACACCAUCAUUAAACUUCUCUUUCGAAGCUCACGACUUUGGACCGUGUUUUAUACACAGGCCAGGUCUACCUGUUCCAAGAAGAACUCUUGCGAUUGAGAACAGAGAUAUCAAGGAAGUCGGAAUUGAAUGCCUGUUUAAAGAUACAACCAUAUUUGAAGUUGUAGCGGAACCAGGGAUAAUUCCCCCAGGUGGAAAGUUUGAAUCGGAGAUCCUUUUCUAUCCCCGAGAGAUGAAGAAAUACCAUUCGAGAAUACCUUUUGAGAUUAAUGGCCUCUCCACGCUGCACGUAGAUGUUAGUGGUCAUGGAACCGAUAUGAAGGUUGAAGUUGUGAACCCAAUGGAUAAAAAAAUCAACCUUGGUGCUAUAAGAAUUGGACAGAAUUCUAGCCGUGCUGUUAAAGUCGUGAAUAAUAGCUUGGCCUCCAUCGAUUUUGCUGUGGCCAUUACACCGUCAUCUCAAGAACUGCAGCAAUCGAACAUUUUAUCCUUAGCACCACUUUCCACCAUACAUCUGGACCCUCAAGAAACAACAGAGAUUUUGCUGAACUUUGUACCGAAAGGAAGAAUACCUCAGUUUUCAGAAGAAGUUAUUCUUGAAUGCGCUGGCAUAUCUCAGCCUCUGUUUGUCGUCACCGGAUCUUGCCAUGGCCUGGAAGUGAGACUAGACAGUGACGCUAUCCCUUUCGGUAGCGUAACAAUUGGAAGCAGCAGCUCAAGGAAGUUGAUCAUGUAUAACACUGGAGACAUUGGCGCUGCAUUUUGCUGGAACGGGGACAAGUUCAAACCCGACUUUACAAUUACGCCGGUUAAAGGUUACAUUGCUGCUGGCAUGGAGGUCACCUUUGAUAUUACAUUUACUCCAACUGCAGUGAACCAAGACAUUCGCUAUGACGGCCUGCGUUGUGCAAUCGAGGGUGGACGACCAUUGAAAUUGGUAUUGACAGGAAGCUGUGUGUCUCAGCUGCCAAUGAAAGAGGUGAUCCACUUCCAAUCACACGUGAGAAACCGUGAUGUCAAGAACUUAAUGAUUCACAAUAAAACCAAUCAGCUGUGGUUGCUAAAACCCGUCAUUGAUGGAGAGUACUGGAGUGGACCAGAUACGAUCAGCAUAGAGCCUCAACAAGGAAAAAAUUAUGAGAUAGUUUAUCGUCCAUUGACCAUGACUUUGGAGAACAAAAAGCAUACGGGAACUAUAUUCUUUGCACUGCCAGAUGGAAGUGGUCUCCUUUACAAUCUUACUGGCUCCGCCGAUGCUCCAAAGCCCAUAAGCAAUAUCCAAAGGGACGUGCCCUGCAAGAUGCCGUAUACCGAAGUGUUACAAGUUUCGAAUUGGCUCAGAAAACCACAGAGAUUCCGUGUUACUAUUGAGAUGUUGAAACCUGAGAAACCUGACCCGGCCACCACGCUGAAGGGACUAGAAUAUGCAGAUGUUCCUGGUUUGUCGAAGAAGGAAUACAAAUUGAACUUCUAUGCUCACAAGGAAGGGACAUUCAGCGCUAAAGUAACAUUUAAAAAUGAGCAGACUUUGGAAUAUCAGUUUUACUACGUCCAGUUUAAGGCAACCUCUCCUGGUGUAAUGGCAGUGAUAAACCUGAGCACACCCGUCCGCCAGAGUGUCUCUGAAAGUCUUACGGUGAGCAACCCCCUGCAGACACCAGUCACUUUCCAACUCAAUUGCAGUGUGCAAGACAUAAGUUUUCCGCCGCAGAGGACAGUGCCUCCACAAUCUGAGCAACAAAUCACUUUUGAAUACCUUCCAAUGAAAAAUGGCGAAACAACAGCUCGUCUCUCACUUCAAAGUUCCGAGCUCGGUGUCUACUUGUAUGAUUUGAACCUGAGUGCAACGCCAGCCAACCCGGAACGAUCAGUGCAUUUCAUAACAAACCUUGGCAUGAACCAAACGCAAACAUGUAGAUUUAUAAACUAUGCGAGAAGCAAAGUAGAAUACGCUUGCAGGAUUGAUAACCCCGAGUACUUAGUUGAUCGCUCAGUUACAGCAGCCUCUGCUUCCAGUGGAGGCAGCGAAGUCGGAGUCGAUGUCACUUUUGAGCCAACAAAGAUCGGUGAUUCGAAGGGACUUCUGACUAUCACAUCAAAUGCUGGUGGCGAAUAUGUGUUCCCCCUUGUUGGUCACUGUUUAGUACCAAAGCCACAAGGACCUUAUAGCAUUAAGGCAGGGGGGACUACCUCUAUACCCUUCAAAAAUGUAUUCCCGCAGACGACAUCUUUUGUAUUCCUGGUGGAUAACCCAAGUUUUACAGUGAAGUCUGGCGAGACAAUCAGAGGUAAAAAGACCCACAAUAUUUCUGUUGGAUUCGAAGGAAACCAAGGCGAAUCGAAAGCAGUCAGGAUGGGAAGGCUGGUUGUUUCAUGUGUCAGGAGUGCUGGGGUGAACAAUAAUCUCACCUGGACUUUCUAUCUCAAAGGAAUCACUCCUUAGACUAUACGUAUUAACAAUGUAACAUAAUGGAUGUAGCAAAUCGUUCUACAUUUAUCAGGGAUAUUUGAUAUAAAUGUAAAUUGGUUUUUAAGUGACGGAGACUUUGAUUGCAAGGUAACAUGGAUUCAAAAUGUUUAUUAGUCUGAUAUCAAGUGCCAAAAUGCCAAAUAGACUUCUACUAUGUUUUAAGUCUGAGCAAAUUUGUAUUAAAGGUGUUUCUUUAAUGAUAUUUUUGAUAAAGUGCUAAUGACAUUAAUGAUAUAAUGGUAUUGAUGCUUUAAGAUAUUUUAUUGCAAAUUUUAUCAUACCUAAAUAUCAAUGCUCCGUUGCUUUAUCUUAUUUUAUCGUUUUCUGUAAAUAAUCAGCUACUACCCAUGUUGACAAUCCUUUUGAAAAACUUGUUUGUUUUAAUACAUUUAAAUAUCUGCUUUUUACACAUAUUAUACAUAUGCUAAAUUAUUUGUCUUGUUUGAUUUUGUUUUCCUCUGCCAAUUUCAAAUCGUAGAUCUAGAUGUUCACAUACAAUAAAAUGGAUCGCAGAUGGAUAGAGUAUGGAAAUAUCCAACCAUGUGUUUUUUCUUCGCACGAUCGUGAACUUCCAGCAGAGUACAUGUUACCCUGGGUGUGUCAAAGCCUCAGUAGAAGAGUAGAAACAUUUUGAAAUUUGCUUUCAGUGACUUGUCUGAAUGACAGUGAUUUGAUGGUGAAAGCCUGUAAACGUGUGGCCAUGUCUCAGCCAAUUUGUAACGUCUUUUGCAGAUCUUUUUGGGGGCUAUGUGGUCCAAUUUCAACAAUAUUAAAUUCCAAAUCUCCAAC